CCCACACACACCCUCUCAUCUUCCAACCUUUUCAAAGUCUCCCACCAGCGCUGCCUCCUUUACAAUCCUUCCCUUCCUGUCUUUUCCCUCUUCCCCCCCCCUCAAUAAGGCCAUACACAUUGGUAUUUAUUGGUAAGAUAUUUGCAAGUGAGCGAGCCGCCCCUUGAGGACAAGUUUGAAAACACAAUGAAUUCGACGCUACUGUCGGCUCCCCCGGAGACUUACUGGGGCCAGUUUGAAGAAAUUUCCAAAUACAAUACUCACUUGAAUGUACUCGAGAGGUUGUGGACAGCAUGGUAUGCUUGGAUGCAAAACGACGUCCUUGCGACUGGCAUUAUGUCUUUCGUUAUGCACGAAAUUGUCUAUUUCGGACGCUCCCUACCUUGGAUCUUAAUAGACAGCUUGGGCCUACUCAAGGGUUAUAAAAUCCAAAGUAAUAAAAUUCCUUCAUUGCGUGAGCAAUGGGAUUGCGCAAAAUUUGUACUACUGAGUCAUUUUACAGUUGAACUACCUCAAAUCUGGCUAUUCCAUCCUAUGGCUCAAUUCUUUGGCCUUUCAACAUCGGUUCCUUUCCCCACCUUUUGGACAAUGGCCUACCAAAUUGCAAUCUUCUUUGUGCUUGAGGAUACAUGGCACUACUUCUCGCACCGAGCACUUCAUUGGGGUCCCCUUUACAAGGCUAUUCACAAGAUCCACCACCAGUAUUCGGCCCCCUUUGGCAUGGCAGCUGAAUAUGCUUCUCCGAUCGAAGUUAUGAUUCUCGGUUUCGGUACUGUUGGCUGCCCGAUCCUCUGGUGUGCAGUAACCGGUGACCUCCACAUUUUCACCAUGUACGUUUGGAUUGUACUGCGGCUGUUCCAAGCUAUCGACGCUCACAGCGGCUACGAGUUCCCUUGGAGUCUCCAUCAUUUCCUGCCAUUCUGGGCGGGCGCUGACCACCAUGAUCUUCACCACGAGAAAUUCGUCGGUAACUAUUCUAGCAGCUUCAGAUGGUGGGAUUAUGUUCUGGAUACCGAGUACAGCCCAGAAGCCAUUAAACGACGGAGGGAGAACAAGGCUGCAGGAGAUGCCAGGAAGGACCAGUAGUAGUGUUUUGGCAACCAGCAGUCGUCUCAUCGAUCUUGUUCUUUGUUAUUUUUAUUUUCAUCCUUCCCCCCCCCCCCUCUUUGCCCCCUUCUCGUCGUCCCUUUCUUUCAACUCAUCGAUGGGUUAUCUCGAAACUUGAUAUCGAGUAUGGAUAAACCUUGUUUAUACAUUUUCAAACCACCUACCUGAUACAAAGCAGGCUUUCAAUCCUGUUGGGGGGAAAGGUGGAGGUAUCUAUUAUGUUAUCAUUGAAUUAUGGCUAUACUGUGGUCCAUGUAUUAAUUGAAGUAACAACAUUAGCUAAUCUAUAGAAUAUUGAUAUACAUCGCA